CCCUACUCGUAGGCCAGCCAAAACCCAUGGACCUAGGACGUGGCAUGUACCGGAGAUCGUGGGGAUGCGACUUUAACGAAGGUUCUGGCAUAAUACUGCACCCCGAUGGAAUGAGGAUACACCAAGUUAUGCUGGAUGAUGGAUAACGAGAUACUCCUGAUACUGGUACUGACAAGAUGUUGAAGAGUAUCGUGACUCGUAGUUGAAGGCUAUCUCUAACUCCUUACCAUCUUUCCUGACUUGCGCGAGUCCUAGCGACACCUACACCGGAAGCGCUGGCGCUUUUCGAUCUUACUUCGGUCCCGAAGGACACGUCAUGAAACAGACAGCGGCUCAAGCUUCCCGAAGCAGAAGUAGUAGAAAUUCGUCUCCGAACGGCAGACGUGGCUCCGCUAGUGGAGAACAUCCACAGGCAAGGCAUUUUGCUAUUCAUACCUGGUUCUGCUGGGAUCCCGAGAGGCUAUGCGAAGGUGCAUCUGAAGGCACAGUCACAAAUCAUCUACUCCUACAGUUAAGGCUCAAUACGUUUCAUUUAUUCUUCGUGGGCAGCGCAAGUUCGUUGUGAUCAUUUUUGCUUCGGGAUGCCGAGGAGGAAGGUUUUUUUUUGCCAUGUCUAUCCUGAAGGGAACAAGGGCUUGCAUGUUUAUCCGAGUUACUAGCCAUUUCUCGCACCAGUUUCCUCCUUACUUCGCAUUCGUUCGUUUUUUUUGAGGUCUAAUACAGUCUAGCGCUGGAGCUUCUAGUGUACAGCAGAGUGUGCAGGGUGGAAGUGGCACAAGUGCUGUGGUCAAGUUCAUAGUCACGCGGGAAGCGAAUAGAGCAGGGUUUCUGGCAAGCAUGGUGGGACAGGGAAGUAGGGCUUUUGAGGAGGAGGAAAAAUUAUAUCACAGUUCUGUGGUCCGUGACAAUAUUGAGACUUUCCUGGUGCUCGGAGUACUCCUAGGAUCUGCUGGUUGUGGACCUUGAAUGGAUUGCUUCAGAUUCUGUUUUCAUGUGAGAUGUCCUCGAAAUUAUUUUUCUCAGACUCACUAAAUGAUCUUCACUUACUCAACUAGGGUUUACAACUUUGAGAUAAUAUUUUUUCUCAGUCGUCUCUCUUUCUUCUAAACUUCCUUCCGGCACCUCUGCCGAGCCUUUCCUGUUACGGCUACAGAUCGCAUUGAGGGAUGCAAACAAAGAAGAGCAUUUAAUCGAUGUGCCAACGCUUACGACCGGAUGGCAUCGACUCGCCAUAGUGAGCAAUACCCCUGAAGCCUUGCCGUCUCCCGCUUACAACGGCGUAGCUGUCUACGUGGACGAUUGGAAGUCGCAGUUGCCGAAGCAGACCUUUCUAGACAGUGACUUUUAUUAAGGCUCGUGAUUAAUCAUCAUUUACAUCAGGGUCGUGACAACUUUAUAGCUAUAAUAUUAUUGAUUCAUCUUAGCGCAUGACAGUAUUCUUAGCGCAUUCGGGUCUCUGGCUCUACUCGAGCCUGUGUCGUCCCGGACAAAGCGGCCUGGCCGCAGAGCCGCGGACCUUGAACCUUGAACCUUGACUACAACAGAGGCUUGCUACUAGGGCAGGCUUUCCCCACCGCACGAGGACCAGGUCCGGGAGGCAGAGCUGCCUCUUCCUUUUUAACCCUAGACUCUACCUAAUACAUCUUUGGACGUAUCCUUGGAACUACGUAUGGAGGAGUAUCCUAAGCGAAUACUCCCCCAUACUUUUCAAGGAUGCACUUGAAAGACGGACAGCUCUAAUAGAGAGACCACUGAAAGUUUCUAACUUGCCUACCUGGGCAACGAGUCAGGCGGACAUGAACCUUUUGGGUGCCUAGCAGAUUUCCGGAUAUACGCUCGACCAUUAAGGGACACAGAGCUGGAGCUGUUACUGCAACGACCUGUAUUCGGACGAAAUCCGGCUAUUCAGAGUGAAGAUCAUGGUUCUGCGAGUUCUGCUCCAGAAGAGAGCAAUGCCCUUCUGACGGCUUCAAAGAGCAUAGUUAUGAGCAGAAUCAAAGUAUUUACUUAUUAGAGAAGCAAAACAAAGCUAUAAUAUUAAAAUCGAUAGUUAGUCGUCCAUUUCUAUUAAAGCUGCUAAGUUGUAGUCAGAAUUUGUUCUAUGGUCCUGAUGAAGAUCCUUUUGAUCCUAAGAACCACUUGUGUGGUAAAAGACAAGACAGAGGCAGAACAAGAGAAACUAGUACUUGAAUGAUAAGUUGUUCUUGAGUGCUCAAUGCUUCUAUCUGCAUUCGUUCCUUCUAACCGGAUCUCAAGAUCCACACGAGCUGCAACGGGGUACGAUUUAGAUCCCCCCAAAGGGAUACCAGCGGAUACUCCAGACGCCAACUAUUUCCCAGACCAAAUAGUGAGGUGUAUCGUCGAGAAUAAUGGGGUAGCAGUAUGCGCCUCAAGAUUGGACAUCGCAGAUUUAUGUCCUAAUGAAGACGGAAUCAGUAAUAUCCUGAUGGGCAACAUAGUCCUUUUGUAGUUGAUUAAUUAUGAUUGAGAUCAUGGUUACUAGUUGUCGACGGAACUUCAAGAUCAAUGUAAAAAAAUGAAGUUUGAAAUUGAAUUUAUCAAACCACGAACAUCUACCUCUUCAUACCUCUUACAACCUCUUACAACCUCUGCUGACCUACUCCAUUUCUAAAAGAAACUGCCACUGAAUGUCUACGACUACUGGGUACAUUGGCUACGCUGCAGGAAGCGCGAUCCGAGAUCUUCGGAAUCUGCGGACCUCGGCUACUCCAACUUCGCGAAUCACCACUACCCAUGAUUCGUCGACAAGCUGCCAGAUUGUUACAGAAUUUGAAAUGAGAAGUGAUUUCUUAUUCCAAUAAAGUUUGGAAUAAGAGAAAUCGACUCACCGUGCGAGAGUUUUAAGGUUCGCAGUAGAUACAAAGUAGCUAGGUUCCUCCUCUGUGGUUGUGGGAAGUUUUUGGAAUAAAAGAACAAAGAGACUCACGAUCGGUGAAGUGGAGGAAGCAAAUACAUGUGCUUGUGCUGCUUCUGUGAUCAUCCGUCUAGAUUUACAACUGGCAAGAAUCCAAAUCUAUCAAGGUCUACUAAUGUCUAUAUGUUGGUACUACGCUCAGGCUUCCUUGAAGCUCCAGGUCUAUCCUACUUUGUCAAGAAAGCGAUUCUGAAAUUAGAUCUCCUAUGAACAGUCAUGAAUCCUUUGCACUUGAUAUUUUCUAAAUUGAAGAACGAUCUCUCUCCCUACUGCGCAACAAAGAGAAAAAGACACCGAACGAAGAUUUCUACAGAAUCAAGAAGAUGAAAGCAAUGGGCAAAUGGAAAUGAAUCGGAAUUACAGCAUUGAUUGUUGAUGGUGAUGUCUCUUGUUCGGUAGUUUGAGAAAAAAACUACUAGAGUUAUGCCAUAACCUUGCUACUAUUAUGAGUCCUCUUCAAGGUAAG